GAACGUUCUGCAGCAGUCUUCUCACCCUAUCAAUAAGGUUCAGUUAGCCAAGGUGGAGGAUGGGAGCAGCAUGGAACUGUCCCAGCUCCUCAAUGAGAUCAGGGCAAACUAUGAAACGCUCCUCAGCCGAAGUCAGAUAGAGGCCAUCCUCUCAGCAGGGACCCAGCUAGAAAAAAUCACAACUGCAAGAAUGAACAAAGAUGAAGAAAUCUUAAAGGCAGCCAGGGCAGAGCUAAAUGAAGCUAGACGCCAAUGGCAUCAUAUGCAGACCGAAAUAGACUCUCUUCAUGCCAUGAAGGAAUCCAUUGAGGGAACUAGGCCAUUUUUUAAAAAUGAAGUUAAGGAAUUAAUUAAUGCAAGCAAGCUAAAAAAACAUGAAAUUGAAAAAGUGGAAAUACUGACAAAGCAAGCAGUCUUAAAUGGAGGUGUUGAAAAGGAUAGCACAGAGACUCAUAAUACAAUACAGACAGAAAAAGUAGAUGAAGUGAUUAAAGAAUGGGAAGGCUCUUUCUUCAAGGAUAACCCACACUUAAGAAAAAAGUCUGUUUCUUUGCGCUUUGAUCUUCACCUGGCAGCUACAGAUGAAGAUUGUUUACAUAUGAAACAGAAAAGUCUGCCUGAUAUUGAAGUGAGGUUGGUUAUGAGACGGUCUUGCAGCAUCCCAUCAAUCAAAACUUAA